AAAAUUAUGGACAGUCACGAGGCACCCUUUAAAAUUAUGGACAGUCCCGAGGCACCCUUUAAAAUUAUGGACAGUCCCAAGGCACCCUUUAAAAUUAUGGACAGUCCCGAGGCACCCUUUAAAAUUAUGGACAGUCCCGAGGCACCCUUUAAAAUUAUGGACGGUCCCGAGGCACCCUUUAAAAUUAUGGACGGUCACGAGGCACCCUUUAAAAUUAUGGACAGUCCCGAGGCACCCUUUAAAAUUAUGGACAGUCCCGAGGCACCCUUUAAAAUUAUGGACAGUCCCGAGGCACCCUUUAAAAUUAUGGACAGUCCCGAGGCAUCCUUUAAAAUUAUGGACAGUCCCGAGGCACCCUUUAAAAUUAUGGACAGUCACGAGGCACCCUUUAAAAUUAUGGACAGUCCCGAGGCACCCUUUAAAAUUAUGGACAGUCCCGAGGCACCCUUUAAAAUUAUGGACAGUCCCGAGGCACCCUUUAAAAUUAUGGACUGUCACGAGGCACCCUUUAAAAUUAUGGACAGUCCCGAGGCACCCUUUAAAAUUAUGGACAGUCCCGAGGCACCCUUCAAAAUUAUGGACAGUCACGAGGCACCCUUUAAAAUUAUGGACAGUCCCGAGGCACCCUUUAAAAUUAUGGACAGUCCUGAGGCACCCUUUAAAAUUAUGGGACAGUCACGAGCCACCCUUUAAAAUUAUGAACGGU